CAUGGCGGAGGGAGAGCGGGCGGGGAACGGCGGCGGCGCCGGCCCCGGGCGGCCCCCGAGCUCCGCCGACAUAGAACGGGCCGAGGAGCUCAAGGCCCGCGCCAACGAGUUCUUCAAAGGCAAGGACUACGAGAACGCGGUGAAGCUGUACAGCAGCGCCAUCGAGCUGAACCCCUGCAACGCCAUCUACUAUGGCAACCGCAGCCUGGCCUACCUGCGCACCGAGUGCUACGGCUACGCGCUGGCCGACGCCACGCGCGCCCUGCAGCUGGACAGCAAGUACGUCAAGGGCUACUACCGGAGAGCGGCCAGCAACAUGGCCCUGGGCAAGUUCAAGGCUGCCCUGCGGGACUACGAGAUGGUGGUGAAGGUGAGGCCCAACGACAAGGACGCCAAGCUCAAGUACCAGGAGUGUCACCGCAUCGUCAAGCAGAAGGCCUUCGAGAGGGCCAUCGCCAGCGACGAGCACAAACGCUCCGUGGUCGACUCGCUGGACAUCGAGAGCAUGAGUGAGACCCCCGGGGGGCCCUGGGGGGCUCAGGGGAUUUUCAACGGGGACUUCGUGGACCGCGGCUCCUUCUCGGUCGAGGUCAUCCUGACGCUCUUUGGCUUCAAGCUGCUCUACCCUGACCACUUCCACCUGCUCCGAGGGAACCACGAGACGGACAACAUGAACCAGAUCUACGGCUUCGAGGGCGAGGUGAAGGCCAAGUACACGGCGCAGAUGUUCGCCCUCUUCAGCGAGGUCUUCGAGUGGCUGCCCCUGGCCCAGUGCAUCAACGGCAAAGUCCUGAUCAUGCACGGGGGGCUCUUCAGCGAGGACGGGGUGACCCUCGAUGACAUCCGCAAGAUCGAGCGGAACCGGCAGCCCCCGGACUCAGGGCCGAUGUGUGACCUGCUCUGGUCUGACCCCCAGCCCCAGGUGAGCUCCCAAGUGUCCCCAAAUGUCCCCUGCAGUGACCAGAUGGGCAACAAGGGCUCCUACAUCCACCUGCGGGGCAGCGACCUCCGCCCCGACUUCCACCAGUUCACAGCAGUGGUGAGUCUGGGGGCACUGGGACCCCCAAAAUCUGCCCUGGGACCCCCAAAAUCCCACCCAGGGACCC